UGGACUGUGCUCAAAAAUAACAAAACACUUAAAACACAAACGGAGAAUAUAUCCACAUAUUUGUAAAAAUUAAAAUUCUCCUUUAAAUUUGAUUGACUAAAACGAUGCACAGAAACCAUUAUAAUAAUGUGCAACUCGAUGGCUUGGCCACAAACCUGAUGCGGCAAAUGCCGGAGUCGAGUCUUCAUCAGAAAGAUGCCGGUGGGAAUGAGCAGCAGUUGCCAAUGUGGCCCAGCGAGCGAAUUCCUCCUGGUGGCAGCGGCGCAUUUCAUGCCCCCAAGGUGGAGUACAGUAAGGAAACGGCCGAUCUGCUCAAGUUGCUGAUGAAAGAGUCAAAAAUGUCUAUGAUGGUACGUAAGCAAAUCGAUGAAAGCCUGCGCAAUGGCGAACCGUUGCCAUUGCCCAAGCCACCCCGCCCCAAUACCAACAAUGAUCUGGAUAAGGAGACUCAGGCCAUACUUGAGCGUGCUCGCAAUGCCAAGCGCAAAAACCUGCGACAAAUUGAGGCAAGCGGCGCAUAUGAGAAGAGCUACUUUCGCCCUAAGCCAGACAAUCGCAUGGUGGGCGAUAAAGCCAAGGCACGUCUGCAAUUCACCAUGGCUGGUAUUGAUUUGCCGGAUCCAGCUGUGAAGCCAUUGCGACGUCCCCGAGAGGAUCGACUGGUUACCGAGGCUGAUAUCAUAAAUGAACUGCUUGAUCAAAUUAAUGAGCGUGCUGAUUGGCUGGCUGAAAUGGAGGCUCUGGGACAAGGCAAGAAAUAUUAUGCCGAGAUACACGAUCAGAUAUCGGAGCGUCUGCAUCGCAUUCGCACACUAGAGACGAAGAUGAAGAUGAAAGCGCAGGGUGGCUAUCGUUUUGUGGACUAGCAUGGAGUCCAUGAAUAAAAUGUGUUUAAUGUUAAGCGACAGAAUUAAUGUUAUCAAAAAUAAAUUCCACAAAUUGUUGCAACGAGUAUUAAAAUUCAAAGCGAAAUAGAAAAUAUUAUAGCACACUUUUAGGCACUGUAAAUGAAUAUGUUUAAAUUUUAAAGCAUACUUUUACGAAAUGAAAAUUAUUGUGUUCGGCUUGGUUGACUUUUAUAAUUUUAGCACUUUAUUUAACUUAUUCACUUGACAUAUACAUAUAUAAUCAAUUCGUUUCAAUUUUGACUUAAUCUGGCACACAAUCAAUGAAUACAUACAAAAAUGCAUACAGCAUAUUAACAAUUCGACAAAGCCCAACGCAAAGCACUCACGAGUAUUCAUCAUACUCUAAAUCUUUUCUUGUUGUUUCUGAUUAUUCUCAUGGAGUUUUGGCAAAACGAGCAAAAAUACUACAUUAGUUGACAAAAUUCAUAUGGAUUUGUUUAAGUAAUCGAAUAAAUUAGUGGAUUAUAUUUAUAUAUGUGUAUAUACGUAUAUAGAUAAUACGGCUAGAGAAUAUCAUCUGUCCUAUGCUCUAUGUGGUUUUUGUGUGUUGUGUAUAUAUAAUAUAUACUAUAUGCAACUGUAAUGCUCCACUCAAAAAUAGAUAUAUUUUUGUGCUACAACUGUACAAGGAUGUCUGCUCAACAGGAUGGCAUGUGACAGCGAAAUUCGCCAGCAGCUUCAGCGAAACGAUUUCGUAUCAAAUAACCACUGAUGACUUCGGCAACCUCGUGUGGACGGUCCUCGUGUACGGCAUGGCCACAGCGGGCUAAGACUUGCAUUUGGAAGCGGCCCUGCAUUUGGCCAACGGUAAGGGUGCGAUCAAGUCCAUCGAUGCUGGCUAGCAACAACUGUUUGGGCAAUCGCAAAUUCAGGAACUUGUCGCUGAGACCCGAGAACCAGCCGACCCAAUACUUUUCUGAUUUGGCAAGAUCUAUACGCCAAGUGUAACUAAAAUCAGGAAAUAUUAAUUAUGUAUUUCAAACGAAGAAGUUUACAACUUACUUUUUGGCCGCAUCCGUAGCUGCCUUGGUGGUAAUGGGUUUCUUAAAAUCCGUGCUUUCGGCGCCAUCCUCGCCGGAAUUACCAACCUCUUCGUCCUCGGAAAUACUAAACGCAUUGGGAAACAUACUAGUGUGAUGCGCCUCUUCGAGCACUUCAUCUGGCAAGGGAAGAUCAUUCGUUGCGAGUUGAUUCGUUGUGCAGCUGUUGAGAUACAAUAAUUCGUAGCAAUGAGAAGUUGCUUCUAUAGCAAAUGACAUCAUCUUCACUUACUUGAUUAUCUGCCCUGGCAUUGAGACUUUGGCACUGUCCACAUUACGGACUUGACCGCUGCGUAUGCACCAUUCGAUGGCAUUUGGUAUACUCUGAAAAUACUUUGGACGCGAGCGCAAAAAGCUCUGCAUGCUGGCCAAAGCUUCCAUGGCCGUGCCCUCGACAACAUCGAUGACUGUGAUGCCGAUCAGACUCGGCACCAAAGCCAUAUGGGCGAAGUGCACAGCAAUUGCCCCGCCCAUUGAAUGGCCAACCACAUAUAUUUGUGGCACCUCCUCGGGAUACAGUUUCGCCACCAAAUCACCAAUGUCCCUGGCAACAAUAAAUAAACGAAAUAUAGAAAACGAAGAAAGCUUGAGCACACACACACACUUGUAAACAUUCAACAGGCAAGUACACUUACUUUGACAAAGUGUCGGCCGACAAGUCGUCCUCGUCAUCCACUUUGCUGUCGCCGUGUCCCCGAAGGUCAACGCACAGGCACUGGCAGUGUAUCAUGCUCGUCACCUCCGACUGCAUAACAACAACAACAACGUAGCGUGUGUAAUCAAAUUAGAGAAUGCAUUGCAUAUUAUCAAGUAUACAUACACAGAAGUGCGCCCAGGUAAGCGCCGAAUAUCCCCCUCCAUGUAACAAUAGUAAGACGGGGCCCGGUUUCUCGGGCUUUUUGGUGCGAUAAACGCGAAAUUUGCGUUGCCCAUCCACGAUUACAUCUUCCUUUUCGGCAAAGAAUUCGUUCCACAUGCAUGGCUUGUAAUCCCGUAUUCGUGACUUCUUAAAGGAGUCGCUGCAAGGCGAGUGAUGUUAUGUAUCAAUUAAAUAUUUGUAUGUGUCUCUCUAUCUCAUCUCUCCCACCGCCCACAUAAAUAAUAUUCAAAAUAAUACUUACGCUCUACCAAUGCGACCACCCGGAAUUGUGGGUGGCAACUUGGACUUAAGCAUUGUACGUUGUAAACUGGACAUUUCGUACGA